AUGCCCAAGGCAAACAGGAACAAGGGCAAUGCGGCGGCCAAGGGCAGCCCGUACGCGGCGGGGGCGGGCGCCGCGCCCACGAGCGCAAAGGCAAAGGCCGCGCAUUCCAUCUUCAAGAUGAACACGGAUCUGGGGCAGCACAUUCUGAAGAACCCGGGCGUGGCGCAAGCGAUCGUGGACAAGGCGGACCUGAAGCAGAGCGAUGUGGUGCUUGAAGUCGGACCCGGAACUGGCAACCUGACGGUCAAGAUCCUCGAAAAGGCAAAGAAGGUCAUCGCGGUGGAGAUGGACCCGCGCAUGGCCGCCGAAGUCACCAAGCGCGUGCAAGGCACGCCGGCGCAGAAGCGGCUCGAAGUGCUGCUGGGCGACGUGAUCAAGACGCCUUUGCCCUACUUCGACGUGUGCAUCUCAAACACGCCGUACCAGAUCUCGUCGCCACUAACCUUCAAGCUGCUCGCCACAUCCCCCGCCCCGCGCGCGUGCAUCCUCAUGUUCCAGCGCGAGUUCGCGCUGCGCCUGUUCGCCAAGCCCGGCGACAAGCUGUACAGCCGGCUGAGCGUCAACUGCCAGAUGUGGGCCAAGGUGGACCACAUUCUGAAAGUCGGGCGCAACAACUUCAACCCGCCGCCCGCGGUCGAGAGCAGCGUCGUGCGCAUCGUGCCCAAGACGCCGCGCCCAUCCAUCAGCUACGACGAGUGGGACGGCUUGCUGCGCGUGUGCUUCGUGCGCAAGAACAAGACGCUGCGCGCGAGCUUCUUCGGCACCGCCAGCGUCAUGGAAAUGCUCGAGGCCAACUACCGCACCUUCUGCGCCCAGAACGAUAUCCCGCUUGAGGACGGCCCCGCCGCGCAAGCGGAUGCCCACGCCGACGUGGCUGCCGAUGACGCCAUGACGGACAUCGACGCCCACCUGCACAGAGAUAAUGACGAGUGGAACCCGCUCGACGACGAGGAAAUGGACAUGGACGACGACGAGCUGCCCGCCUUCUUCAAGGAGCAGGCCGACGAAAAGGCCCGCGCGCUGCUGAGCAAAGGCGGGAAGCGCAAGAAGCGGGGCAAGGUGUUUGAGCUGGUACGCGAGAAGGUGCGCAAGGUGUUGGAGGAUGAGACGGAGUUGGCGGAGAAGCGGGCGCGGAUGUGCGAGGAGGGGGAUUUUUUGAAGCUGCUUUAUGCGUUUAAUCAGGAGGGGAUUCAUUUUAAUUAG